AUGUCCAAAGUAACUCCUGCUGAAAACCCUGCAGCGCCACCUCCAAGCUGUACCCUGGAUAUCAACAACCCCCAGGUUCAGAGAACAGCCAUUCCUAUCGAGCCUCUUACCCGGGCGCACAGGUCCGGGAAGGAGCUGCGAGAAAAGGGGCCGCCGCGGGUGCUGCCGCUGCUGAUGGACGUAGUGCUGAUCGAGGGCAAAGCGGCCAAGCUGAUUUGCCGUAUUUCGGCUUUCCCAGACCCAUUCAUCCGCUGAAGCAAAGAUGGCAAAGAGCUGGGCGACGGCCUCAAGUAUCGUUCCGUCUUUGAGGACCCUGACUUAGUGGCGCUGGUGGCGUGCGAGGGUGAGCUGGCAGACCCAAGCCAGCACAGUGAAAGUGUAACAAACCGUUUGGGCCAGUGCUCCAACUGGCGGGCGCGCAUUCCUGUAGAAGUCCGGGCUAAGAUUCUAAAAAAACCCGACAAGGCGAAGGCGCACAAAGGCACCAAGGUAAUGCUGACUGCAGAGAUCUUGGGCGAGCCUCCACCCGAUGUGGGCUGGACAAGGAUGAGGAGGACAUUGAGGAGGGCAGCAGGCAAGGGCGGGGUAUUCUUGGAGACCCGCGAGCUCAGUGCGAUCGGUGCCACCAUCGCGACGCCGAGCAUUCACCCGGCCACACCUGAGGACCGUGGCACAAAGGCAAAGGAAUCUUCAGAACUACAAUUCCCGGCAGGCCGUGCGAAGCAUUCUCGCGAGUUGCGAGAAGACACGUGCGCGGAAGGAGCCGGCAGUCGCGGGCGGCCGAGCCGGCUGCGUAAAGGGAGCUAG